CAUCUACUCCUUUUAAAGUGACAGUUUAGAGAGGGAGGUUCCUAAGGAGCAUAUAGAAAAACUUCACAGUCAACCACCGCGGUCAUCCACACACUGCACCAGUGACCAGCAGACCAGUGCCUUGUAUUACUGAACAGGGGUUGAAGUGACCAGACAUCACAAUGGCUGCAAAGCCUGUUGGCAUGGCUAAUAAAGGUCCAUCAUUUGGCCUGAGUCGCCAGGUUCAGGAUAAAAUAGACAGCAAGUAUGACACUGAGCUGGAGCAGAUCCUGGUGGAAUGGAUCAGUCGUCAGUGUGGAACUUGUGUGGGAAGGCCGGAGCCUGGCAAAACAGGCUUUCAAGCAUGGCUGAAAGACGGAUGUGUCCUGAGUGAGCUGAUUAAUAGUCUGUUUUCUGGAGACAAACCUGUAAAGAAGAUCCAGGGUUCAUCCAUGGCCUUCAAGCAGAUGGAGCAGAUCUCCCAGUUUCUCAGUGCUGCAGAAAAGUACGGUGUCACCAAGACAGAUAUGUUCCAGACUGUAGACCUCUGGGAAGGUAAGGACCUGGCAGCUGUGCAAAGGACCUUGUCAGCUCUCGGCAGUUUGGCCAUCACCAAGGAUGAGGGAACGUACAAUGGGGACCCUAACUGGUUCUUCAAGAAAGCGCAAGAAAACAAGAGAGACUUCAGUGACGAGCAGCUGAAGGCAGGGAAAGGUGUGAUUGGCCUACAGAUGGGGUCCAAUAAGGGAGCCAGUCAAGGGGGGAUGAGCUAUGGAAGACCCCGCCAGAUCUUGUAAAACCACCUGAUCACCGAUCCAUAAGCCUGUAACUUUGUUACUGUUACACUCUUUUUUUAAAUAAUAAAGCAUUGGUUACUUAAUAAAAUGUUUCUCUCUAA